CACGUCAGCGUCUCCUCUCUAAACGAGUUUCUGCUGUUCUAGGCAAAACCUGAAACGUGCACCCUCUCUCUCUCUCCGUUUCUCUCUCGAUUGGAAGAGAGAAAAUCGGUCGAUUUCAUUUUCCUUUCUUCUGGAUUCCCGGAAAAUUUACGGCAUCGUUUGAGUCUCCUCUUUCUUCUGGUCAACCAUGAAUAUCUUUAGGUUUGCUGGCGAUAUGACUCACUUGAUCAGUAUCUUGAUCCUUCUUCUCAAAAUUUACGCGACAAAAUCUUGCGCUGGAAUCUCUCUCAAGACUCAAGAGCUGUAUGCGCUUGUGUUCUUGACUCGGUACUUGGAUCUGUUCACGGAUUAUGUGUCUCUCUACAACAGCGUGAUGAAGAUUGUCUUCAUUGCUAGCUCUCUGGCAAUCGUUUGGUGUAUGCGUAGGCAUCCACUUGUGAGGAGAUCAUACGAUAAGGACUUGGACACAUUUCGUCAUCAAUUCGUUGUGUUAGCAUGUUUUGUUUUGGCACUUAUCCUGCACGAGAGAUUCACAAUUCAAGAGGUAUUCUGGGCUUUUUCUAUUUACUUGGAGGCAGUUGCUAUCCUUCCCCAGCUGGUUCUGCUACAGAGAAGUGGGAAUGUGGAUAAUUUGACUGGGCAGUAUGUUCUCUUUCUCGGGGCGUAUCGUGGACUCUAUAUCAUCAACUGGAUCUAUCGCUAUUUCACAGAAGAUCAUUUCACUAGAUGGAUCGCUUGUGUUUCCGGUCUUGUCCAGACAGCUCUCUAUGCGGAUUUCUUCUACUACUACUACAUGAGCUGGAAAACCAACACCAAACUUAAGCUUCCGGCUUGAGCAGAACCAGACAAAUUUUGUGUAAAAGAAAGCAGGAGGUUACUACAAUGGCGACAUUAGAAACAGAAAAUACAUGGUUAAUAUUUGGUUUCUCUCUGUUGUUACAAUCUAACAAAGAGUCCAACGAUGCAGGAUUGUUUUUUAAAAUGUGCUUUUAGCCUUUCAAUGCACAUUGUAACUUGAUUUUCACUUGAAGGUUGAAAUCAAAACUAAGUCUUUCUG